AUGGCCAUGAAGAACUCAACCAUAUCAGCAUUGAUCGUCAUUCUUGCUCUCUUUAGCUCAAGCCAUGUUAGUUAUGGCGAACUUCGACUCGGAUUCUACAGUAAAACUUGCCCAAACGUGGAGCAGAUCGUAUCUCAAGUUGUUAAAGAUGCAUUCAGCAAGAACUCAACCCUUGCACCCCUAAUGCUCCGCCUUUAUUUCCACGAUUGUUUUAGCAACGGAUGUGAUGCGUCGCUUCUUCUAGAUGGUAGUGCCAGCGAGAAAACGGCACCGCCAAAUCUAAGUGUAGAUGGAUAUGCUCUGAUAGAUACCGUGAAAACUGCGGUCGAAAAAAAUUGUACCGGGGUCGUUUCUUGUUCUGACAUCAUAGCUCUCGCUACUAGAGAUCUCGUGACUCUUGCAAGUGGAGGAAAGACAAGAUAUGAGAUACCAACGGGACGAUUUGAUGGUAAGGUGUCUUCGGCAGCAACAGUAAAAUUGCCGGGUCCUAAAAUGAGUGUUUCGGACACCAUUAAGAUGUUUGAAGAUAGAAACCUUAACGUUACCGAUAUGGUUCUACUUCUUGGUGGACAUACAAUUGGAGUAGCGCAUUGUUCAUUCAUUCUGGACCGGCUAUAUAAUUUUAAGAACACGGGAAAGCCUGAUCCAUCUAUGAAUACUACAUUGGUCGAAGAGUUAAAAAAACAAUGUCCUAAGGAUUCAGUAGAACAAGUCAUUAAUCUAGAUCAAGAUGCUUCGAGUUCGAACAUUGUCGAUGCAUCUUUCUACAAGCAGAUAAGAUCUCGCCGAGGAAUUCUUCACAUCGAUCAACUUCUCGCAACUGAUCCACUGACGAGCGAUGUAGUGAUGAAUUUAGCCAACGGUAACGAUUUCUUGGCUAGGUUUGGACAGGCGAUGGUGAAAUUGGGAUCAGUGGGAGUUUUAGAUAAGGUCACUGGGGAGAUCAGAACAUCGUGUCGUUCUUGCAAGAAUCCACUUUGCACAUAAUAAAACUUGGUGAAGUUUUUAUUAUGUUGACGUUUUCGUUUUUUUUUUUCUUUUCAUUUUGUCUUGUUGCAUGUGUUAUUUGUUUGUCUGUUGUUGUUGCAACUGAGUUGUUCUCAAGGAAUCAACUCUCUUGAUUGGGAUCAAAUCAUGUAAGUGUAAAGAGAGAAAAGGUUUUGAUUUUUUUUUU